AUAAUUGUAUAUUUUUUUUUAGAAACUAAAUUUUGGUUGAAAAAUAUUUUUUAACAAACAUUCACUGGAAUAUAACAUAAAGAAAUUUUUCUAAAAAUACAAAUAUCAAUGUUCACGUUAAAAGUCUUAGUAAAAUAUAAUGGCUCAUAGCAGAGCAACGCCAUCAAAAGACGGAUUAGAUCCAGAAAAUCGUUAUACUUUGCAAGAAAAGAUUGGGAAAGGAUCGUUCGGCGAAGUUUUUAAAGCUAUUGAUUUGAAUACAAGUAAUAUUGUGGCAGCAAAGAUCAUUGAUUUAGAAGAAGCAGAGGAUGAAAUUGAAGAUAUUCAGCAAGAAAUAACAGUUUUGUCCCAAUGUGAUAGCGAGUUUGUUACAAAAUAUUUUGGCUCCUAUUUAAAGGGUACCAAACUAUGGAUAAUCAUGGAGUACUUAGGAGGUGGCUCAGCUUUGGAUUUGAUGAAAGCUGGACCAUUUGAUGAAAUUUAUAUACCUAUUGUACUCCGAGAAGUAUUGAAAGGGUUGGAAUACUUGCAUGCAGAAAGAAAAUUGCAUCGCGAUAUUAAAGCUGCUAAUGUGCUUUUAUCAGAACAAGGAAAUGUAAAACUGGCUGAUUUUGGCGUUGCUGGUCAGUUAACUAAUACAAUGAAUAAAAGAAAUACUUUUGUUGGAACUCCAUUUUGGAUGGCACCUGAAGUUAUUAAGCAAUCAGAGUAUGAUUCCAAGGCUGAUAUGUGGUCACUGGGUAUUACAGCAAUAGAAUUAGCAAAAGGUGAGCCACCACACGCUGAACUGCAUCCAAUGAGAGUGUUAUUUCUUAUACCAAAAAAUAAUCCACCUGAGUUAACAGGAAAUUUUAGUAAAUUAUUUAAAGACUUUGUUUCUUGCUGUUUAAAUAAAGUUCCUCAAGAGCGUCAGUCUGCAAAAGAUUUGCUCAAGCAUAGAUUUAUUAAACAAGCAAGACGCACCGGUACAUUAGUUGAACUUAUAGACAAGUAUAGAAAAUGGAGAAUGAAUGGUGGUGACGACGGAAUUGACUCCGAUGAUGAUAGUAGAAUAGAUUCUUUAAAAGAAGAUCAUUCUCAAGAUCCUUGGAUUUUUACAAUUAAACCGUCUGCUGUAAAUCGACUCCAGGCUCCAGAUAAUUUAUCUUCUACUGUGACUAACAAAACGCACGUGUUUAGUACACCAGUUGAGCUACCGCAGUCAAAAUCACUAUCGAGAAUAUUGUUGCCAAUUUUAGCGCAGUUAAAAGUAAAACAUUCAAAUCGAAUAUCAGUCAUUGAAGAACUUGAAAACAAAAUAAAAACUUCUGAGCAACAGUCUCCUGGUAUAUGCGAUGCUUUCAUAGGCGAAGUAACUGAUAUUGUGAAAAGUGUAAACUCUACUAACAAAAAAGACUAACACUUAGAAUAAAACGUAAUAAGCAAACUAAUCAUUGACAAUUGAAGUUGCCGAUACAUACCAAACAUGAAGUUGUGUUUUAAAAACUGCUAGAAAAUUGUUAGAAGUUAUUUAUUUUAUAUCAGGCACGUAAUUUUGACGCGUACUUUAUAAUAAGACAUGCUGCAAUAUGCAAAAUCACUGACAUUUUGCCAUUUUUUUGCUAUGUGUUAUAUUAUUUUAAAUCUAUUAGCUAUUUAUAUAUAAUUUUUUGCCUAUUGGCUAUUUAUAUAAAAGCGUUUGCCAAAUGAUUUCUAUUAUUUUGGAAAAUAAUAAAAAUUUAUUAUAAUGCAGGUUUAUUCGCUUUUAUAAUACUUUAGCAUGUAUAUUUGUAUUUUUGUGGAAUUUUAAAUGUAAUCCUUUAAAUAAA